UCUACCUGCACACAUUCAGAGAUUCCUGUGCAGCACAGACGCUCAGAUUUAAUGAUGGCUGUUGUGGGGACACUUCUGCAGUUUUCCAGCAGUGGUACAAUACUGGCUGCCUUGCUUGUGUUUUUGAUUUUAUAUGUGCUUUUAUCCAACUCCAAAUCUCACAAAGAAGGAAAAGAUCCACCAGGACCCAAACCACUUCCAGUGUUGGGAAACCUGCUGACGCUGGACCUGAAAAGACCCUUUGAUUCUCUCUGUGAGCUUUCUAAAACAUAUGGAAACGUAUUCCAAGUGUUUUUGGGUCCCGAUAAAGUUGUGGUCUUGACCGGAUACAAAACGAUUACAGAGGCGCUCGUGAACCGAGCAGAAGAGUUUGGGGAUCGACACAUUCGACCUAUUUUCAAACUACUUAAUAAAGGAUGUGGGAUCAUCUCUGCCAACGGAGAGAGCUGGAAAGAGAUGAGACGCUUCGCUCUGACUAACCUGCGUGACUUUGGGAUGGGCAAGAGAGGAUGUGAAGACAAAAUCGUAGAGGAAAUUCAGUAUCUGAAAGAAGAAUUUAAGAAGUUUCAAGGAAAAGCAUUCGAUACUACUCAACCCGUGAACUACGCUGUAUCAAACAUCAUCUCAUCUAUUGUGUAUGGCAGCAGAUUUGAAUACACAGAUCCUCGCUUCAGAGCAAUGGUUCACAGGGCAAAUGAAAACGUUUGGAUUGGUGGAUCUGUUUCUAUUCUGCUGUAUAACACAUUUCCAUGGCUGGGUCCAUUCCUGAACAGCAAAAGGGCUAUGGUGAAAAAUGCUCAAAAAAACUUAGAGUCAAUAACACAGUUGACCUCUGAGCUGUUAGAGACCCUGAAUCCACAGGACAGCAGAGGGUUUGUUGACUCCUUUCUUAUCCGAAAACAAAGCGAUGAGAAAUCCAACAUGAAGGACUCACAUUUCCACCAGGACAAUCUUCUCAUGUCUGUGGUAAAUCUUUUUGUUGCUGGUACUGAAACUACAGGAACAACAUUGCGCUGGGGUCUGAUGAUUAUGGCCAAAUACCCUCAUAUCCAAGAUCGAGUUCAAGAGGAGAUUGACAGAGUGAUCGGUGGACGUCAGCCAAUGGUGGAUGACAGAAAAAAUUUACCUUACACAGAUGCUGUGAUCCAUGAAGUACAGAGACUGGCCAACAUAUUGCCCAUGAGUCUACCACAUAUGACCAGCUGUGAUAUGAACUUCAAUGGAUAUUUCAUCAAGAAGGGUACCACUGUAAUUCCUCUGUUGACGUCUGUAUUAAGGGAUGAAAGUGUUUGGGAGAAACCACACAGCUUUUAUCCAGAACAUUUUCUUGAUGAGAAGGGCCAGUUUGUUAAGAAUGACGCUUUCAUGCCCUUUUCUGCAGGCCGCAGGAUUUGUCUAGGCGAGAGUUUGGCCAGGAUGGAGCUCUUUCUUUUCUUCACUUCCCUUCUUCAGAUGUUUCGCUUCACUCCUCCACCCGGAGUGUCUGGAGAUGAACUGGUUCUCAAAGGAAUCGUUGGAAUGACAUUGAAUCCAUCACCACACAAACUGUGUGCUAUCAAACGCUCCUAAAUAUAGAUGCGCAUAUGGAUAAACUGAUUUUAACAGAUUU